UUUGACCUUCUCUCCACUGUUAUGGAGAAAGGUUCUACUGCUAUGGCUACUUGGAACCGUAUCGCUUCUAUGUUUGAGGACAAUCAGAACUCCCGUGCUGUCGCCCUCGACCAGGAUUUCAUCUCCACUCGCAUGGAGGAUUUUCCUAAUGUUUCGGCCUAUUGUCAACGUCUGAAACAUAUCUCUGAUCAGUUGAGGAAUGUUGGUGCCCCUGUUAGUGAUCAUCGUCUUAUUCUCCAGUUGGUCUCUGGUCUCACUGAGCCUUUCCGUGGUGUUGCCACCCUGAUCCGUCAGAGUGAGCCUUUGCCUCCUUUCCUCAAGGUCCGCUCCAUGUUGAUUCUAGAGGAAUCUGGUCUCGCCAGGAUGUCAGGUCCGGCCUCUCAGACUGCUUUGCACACCUCUGCUUCCCCUCCACCGGCCUCCGUUGACUCCUCUCAGCAGCGCCCCACCUACCGCAGCGAUCAGGGCCACUCCAACCAUCGUUAUGGGUCAGGGCAAAAUCGCAAUUAUUAG